AUGCUCGACGUGCAAGUGUGGGUCGUGGAUGUGUCGGCGUGGCAUCGCGAGCCGUACACACGCCCAGGCGCGUCGCAGGUCCCCGCGCUGGAUGCGCGUCUCGUAGGCGCCGAGGACGCGACGCGCAUAGGUCGGUACGUGCGAGCGAUCGAUCGCGUGCGGGCGUUCGUGGCGUGCCUCCUGCCACGCGUCAUGCUUGUGGCGACGCAGUGCGUGGGGCACUGGCGCGACGUCGCGAUCCAGCGGACCGAGAGCGGUCGGCCUUGUACGGAUGUGCCGCACAUCGACUUUAAUCUAUCGCACGAUGGCGACUGGGUCGUCAUGGCGUUCUCGCGCACGCACCGCGUGGGUGUCGACGUGAUGCAAGUGGCCCUACCGCAUUUUGAAGAGAGCAGUGCGUCGUUCUGCCACACGAUGUCGUCGUCCAUGUCGCGAUCUGAGCGCGAGUGGGUCGCGCAGGGCGCGUCCGAGGCCGACGUCCUGUCGCGCCUGUACGACGUGUGGACGUACAAGGAGGCGCUCACGAAAAACAUGGGCCUCGGCCUCGGCUACGACUUUGCGCGGAUCGACCUGCGCUUCGGACGGGACGUGCGCCUCGCGAUGGAUGGCCGCGCCGUCGACACGUUCCGCUUCCGCGAGCUGGCGCUGCCGUGUGGCGCGUCGAGUCGCGCGCCAGGCUCGCGUGUGGCCAUCGCGUUGGGCCCACGCGACGCAUGGGAGGCGCCCAUGUCCAAGCAGGCCGUGCCGGCGCAGCAGGCCAUGGACGAGGGCUGGCUGCGCAUGUGGACGUACGACGCGUGGCUGGACUAUGCGUGGGCGAUGAGCGGGGUAUGA